CAAGCCGCCAGUUGGCUGGCGUACUCGUGCCGUCGCGGUCGUUAUACAGUAUGCUGUAAAACUCUAGUUUUCAGUUUUCCGCGUUCCGUUUCGCACGUGAUUACGUUAUCAAAGUACACGUAGAGCAAAAGUAAACAGUUUCAAUUAAACUCCAAAUAAAAAUAUAUAAAGAAGAUUAUUACAUCAGUGAUUGUUUAUUUAUUGAAUUUUAGUGAUUACAAAUUUUACAGGAUAAGUCAUCAAUUAGUGUGGAAAACGGAGUCGAAGAGAAAGUUACCAGUAUGCUCGUUGCCAAUGGAAUCGACAAUCAAAAAUAUUUAAAUGGGCCGGAUCAGGUGAUACCGGCAGAUGAAUACAUAUGCUGGACCCCGGGUGGGCACGUCAAGUUACGGAUAGCUCCACGGGGAGCGGCUUCAGAACCACCAAUUUCAGUUCCUGGUCUACUCAGUAGAACGGUCGCUAGAUACCCUGAUGAAAAAGCCUUGUUCACAAAACGUAAUGGCAAAUGGGAGAGCAUUACGUUCAGACAAUACCAAGCCAAAGUCAGAACCAUCGCAAAGGCUUUCUUAAAACUAGGAUUAGAGAGAUGUCAUUCUGUGUGUAUCCUUGGCUUCAAUUCUGAAGAAUGGUUCAUAGCAGAUUUGGCCGCUAUCCAUGCCGGUGGAUACGCAGCUGGUAUUUACACGACAAAUUCAGCAGAAGCGUGUUUCCACUGCCUCGAGUCGUCUCGAGCUAACAUUUGCGCAGUACAGGACAAGAAGCAGUUGGAGAAGAUAUUGUCUAUACAGAGCCGGUUGAAGCAUUUGAAGGCGAUUGUGCAAUGGGAGGGGACUGUGGACACUUCGAUACCUGGGGUUUACAGCUGGCAACAACUCUUGGAUAUAGGCGCCAAGGAGCCAGACACGCAAUUAGACAACGUACUCAAGACUAUUUCCGUCAACGAAUGCUGCACGCUAGUUUAUACCUCCGGAACAGUGGGUCCACCAAAAGCGGUGAUGUUAUCCCACGACAACCUCACAUGGGACGCGCAUUCCGCAACUCUACGAGUUGACAAUAUCCAGCCAACUUUGGAACGUGUUAUAUCCUAUCUGCCACUUAGCCAUGUUGCUGCACAGGUAAUGGACAUCUAUAUUACAAUGGGCAGUGCAGUGCCCAUUUUCUUCGCACAACCUGACGCGUUAAAAGGAAGUUUAGUUCAAACGUUGAGAGAAGUCCGACCUACUAGAUUCAUGGGAGUACCACGAGUAUGGGAAAAGAUGUAUGAAAGUAUAAUGGCGGUGGGGGCCUCCAGUGGGGCCGUGAAGAAAUAUAUCGCCACUUGGGCCAAGGAUAAGGGCACCAAACAUCACAUGGCUAGGAUUAACGGUGCCUUCUCAGCCGGUAUGGUCGGCCUCCCAGUUGACUUUACAAUAAUGGAAAUGAUACGGUUUUGGGUUGAGGGAACAACAUGUGGGUACAAAAUGGCAAAGUCACUAGUGUUUAAUAAAGUCCGCGAUACACUGGGCUUCGACCAAUGUUCGCUGUUUGUUGCUGCAGCGGCUCCACUCUCACCAGAUAUAAAGAAGUUCUUCUUGUCCUUGGACAUUCCGAUCAUGGACGCGUUCGGUAUGAGUGAAGCGUCCGGUGCCCAUACGCUUGGAUGCUAUCCGAAAUUCAAACUAGAUUCAGCGGGAGAGCUCAUGGAAGGUACGGAGACGAGUUUCGGUGGUUCACAAAGCGUGAAUGGCCCCGGUGAAAUCUUGAUCAGAGGCCGCCACGUGUUCAUGGGAUAUCUCAAUGAUGAGGAAAAAACUAGAGCCACCUUCAAUUCCGAAGGCUGGCUGAUGACUGGUGAUGUUGGAAGAUUGGACAGUCAGAACUUGCUGUAUAUUACUGGAAGAAUUAAGGAGCUGCUAAUCACAGCGGGUGGUGAGAACAUAGCGCCAGUGCUGAUCGAGCAGGUGGUACACGGGGAACUACCGCACAUCGGGUACGCGGUACUCAUCGGGGACAAGCGCAAGUUCCUGUCCCUGCUUGUUACGCUUAAGGCUAAAGUGGAUCAACAAAGCGGUGAUCCAUUGGACCAGCUCGAAGUCGGCACCCAGAAAUGGGUGAACGGCCUCGGCAGCAAGGCCACUACUGUCAGCGAAAUUGUCAAAACCAAAGAUCCCCUUGUUCACAAAGCUAUUGAAGAAGGUAUAGCGCGCGCAAACAAGAAGGCCAUAUCAAACGCGCAAAAAAUACAGAAAUUCACCAUCUUGCCCACUGACUUCUCUGUCAACACUGGUGAAUUGGGACCAACAUUGAAAAUCAAGAGAAACGUAGUGUACGAGAAAUACAAAGACCUCAUAGAAGACUUUUACAAAGAAUAAUUUUUAGGUUAGCUUUAAGUAUAAAUGGGCUGAUAUAUUGAAUUGUUACCGUUGUUGCUCAAAUAGGGUAUAAUAAUGUGCUAAAUUGUGAUCGGUUUAUUGUUAUAUAGAGGUGUACAUAAUAUUUUUGUUACUUAAAUAUAUUAAGUUUGAAAAUA